GAUUAGGUUAGCCACGAGCGCGGAUUCCGUCGAACGAAAUUUACAUCGAUGGCGGGAUCUGACCGUCAUCGCCCUUACUUCGCAACCGGUUAACAAGCACGAGAGGCCAGAGAAGGUCUGGCUUCUCUCGGGAGAAGACGAGAGAGUAAAGCAGUAUUAGUGCUUCCAUUCCAUUGUCAUCCUUAUUUAGUGGAAUGAGCAAUUGGGCAGAGAGAAUACAUCUAAGCGCCGCUACCUUAGGAUACGUUGUAACCAGCUGUGGUCAUCCCUCUUCAAGGCGGCGAUAUCGCCCGCGACGCCUUGAAAAAGUGAAGUUUGGGAUACCCCUGGACGAAGUAUGCAAGAACGACAUUCCCGGUCCCUUACUGGUCCUCAUACUGAUAUUAAACAAGGAAGCCCCAUUUGUAAAGAACAUCUUUCGCGCUCCCGGUCAUCAGGGCAACGUGAAGAAACUGAUACACAUCCUGCAAACCGGACAGCUGGUCAACAUGGACAACUUUAGCAUGUACACGAUAGCUAGCGUUUUGAAGAAAUUUUUACGCAAGAUACCCGGCGGCGUGUUUGGGAAGGAGCGCGAGGAGCAAUUGUUCAACUUGAUUCAGCUGGACAACAUGGAACAACAACGGGACCAGAUACACAUAUUAAUUACCUCCAUGCCGAUAUGCACACAACGGCUGCUGGUGCUGUUGUUUGGAACGUUCAGGGUAAUAGCUGUAAAUAGCGAGAUCGCGGAAACAUUUAUGAACAGCGAGGCUUUGGGGGUCUCCGUGGCACCCUCGUUCUUUCAGAGUUGCGUCAGCGAUGGUAAAACUGCUAAGAUGGAGGACGUUCUAAGGUUUAAGGUUGCCACACGCAUCACAAAAUUCAUGAUAGACAACUUUGGCGUACUGAAUCUAUUCGGAAAGGACAAUUACGAGUAUUACGCGCGCAUAACCGGCCGUAUAAUAAACAUGGAGGAGGAUGGUUUCUUCAAUUUUCGAUAUCCACCGGACACUUUCGUGUCGAAACAGUUAUCGCUGGAGACCAAGAAGACGUGGUUGCAGUAUGAGUGCGAGGAGUGCGGACUAAAGUUUAAUUUAGAAAGUAUGUCACACCAAAAAGAAUCGCAGUCGACUCUAGCGUUAGUCCACACAUCGGAGUCCGUGAAACUCACGGCGUCGUUAGGCAUGAUUCCAGAAAACACCUUACUCGAAAGUUACACGCGUCUCUCGGUCAGUUUAGAAGAAGACGGCCUAUUGCAGGCGUCCAGUCGCUCGUCGAGUAACGGCAGUCAUCAUUCUAGACGCGCCGCGACAGGCAUGACGCUGGACGAACUGCGCGCGAUGAAUCGCUACGCCGAGAGCACGAAGAAUCUCAGUUACAUGCCGCAGGUUCACGAGAGACAAACCGCCCGAAUGCGAACUAGAUCCGAGUGGUUUCUCACGCCCGUGGAGGGGAAGCUGGCGAUAACGGAUAGCGAUCCCUCGACGAUACACGUUCGACGCGGUUCAAGUCGAUCGUCCUCUGGCAAUAUCGCCGCGGGUCUGAGCGCUAGCGCGGAUUCGGUGAAACGGCCGAGCCUGCGAAGGACCUCGUCCAGAGAGAAGCAACGCUUGCAUCGCAGCUCGUCCCGUCGCAACAAAGAGAACGGCGUGAAGGUCGGGCGAAUGUAAGAUACGGAGCAUUUAAUAUCGAAAGUGAUGAAGCAGCGACAAAUAUGGCAUCUAACAAACUCUUUUUCAUUCCUCGAAGAAUCCUUCAGGUAGGCAACAUUUUUAUCGGGUCUUUAAGAUGGAAGUUUGAUAGAUUUUGUACAUAUUACGUAUAUAUAUUUACUGAGAAUUUCCCUUGACGUGAUGCGCUGGCCGCGACGUGAUGCUAACAUAUAAACAUAGUACCGUCACGGUUGUUACAUGCCAAAUUAGUAGAUAUUUGUGAGCCGUAUUUAAUAAGCCGUCGACUAUCGAUUGUACCAUCGCAUGUCACGAAUCACUGACGAUCGUAAACUCGACAGGAUGAGUCACCAAAACAUUUGAAAUGCCUCUUUUGGGCUCGAAGAUAAAUAGGAUAUAUUUUACAGAAAUUAACAGAGAUGAAAGAAAUCCUUUUUUUAUACAAAAUUAUUUUCCUCUCUACUGUCUCUGCAAGUUUUUCUGUUUUCGGUGACUUAUCCUGCAUUCUGAAAACUACACCGUAAGGCACUAUCACUCAUCUACACUCGAGUUUACGUAAUCUCGAGAACUUUCAGUAUCUUCAGUACCAUCUUUUCUUUUCGAAAAAAACGAUAACGAUAUGUUAUACAACGAAAGAGUGUUCUGUAAAUAAAAGGUACGUAUAUCUAUUAAUUAAUCGCGCAUGCGAUAGACUUUUCCAGGUUGCGAUUGUUUAAAUCGAUCGCGACCGAUUUUGAGGAGAUUAGUAACCGCUAAUCUCGAGGAUAAUCGUGUAACAUUGCGGAUAAACAUUACGAAAGCGCAGAGCUUAUUUCCAAAUCGCUUUAAAUCUAUAUUUAUUAAUAAAAGAUAAAAAUAAGUAUUAAAACGAUUGAAUGCGUGCUGUAAAGCUAUGGAAAUCUCGCGAUAAGCACAUUUCUAUUGAAAAAAAAAAAAAAGAUUUAAGACAGUUUGGAAAUAACAGAGUGUCUACUAUCUGGACAGAUGGAUCUGAAAAAUUGAAAUUUUUCUUAUUCAGUGGACACUCCGUGUGCAAGCCGUUGAAUCUCUUAUCCACAAAGGCCACUACAUAAAUUAAUAUAUUUCCGAUAAAGUCUAAGCGUGUAAAUACGUAAUACCAAAAAUAUAAAAUUAUAUUGGACGUAAUAUAUACAUGUAAAUGUAAAUGUGAAAGUGUACGUGCCAUCGUAUUGAAUGUCGUCGUGUCGAAUCAAUUAAAUGUCGUCGAUGUUGUCAUCUCGCAAGGGGAGAAUCGAUGGUUCAGGUGUCAAGCAAAGGGAAGAAAAUACAAGCCCAGACGAGAAGGCAGACGAUCAGGAACAGCAACAGUCUCGUGCGGAAUCUGUCCCAGCCGAUCACGAUCACCCGCGGUAGCGUUCGUCUCUCCGCCGGAAACUGAAAUACACGCGAUCCGGUGAGAAUCUUCCUCGGGACAUAUUAAGCGAACAAUUACAUUGUCAUUCGUCUCCUCUUCGUCGUCGUCGCCGUCAUUCCGUAAUCUCUGCGCGCUCGGAUACUGUCGCAUCUCCGUUUCGCGCGCGCUCGACGUCGGCUGCUGCUGGUUUCCGGUUGUCUGAGACGACUGCUCGUUCCCGAUAAUAACGACAAUGUCAUCGUCUGCAUCGGCAGAUCGCGACUCGCUAAGACCAUUAUCGUGCGGUUGUUUCGCGAGAUACAUGUUCGAUUGCGUACAGUCAUAUUUUUUUUACCGACGACAAUUUCAUCGCGGUGCUACAGGGGAGGAGAGAAUUUCUGUCUCGCGUGCGAUUGCAUUUCCAUGCAUUUUCAUGCAGAUUGCGUAUAUCUUUUAAGUCAAGAGGUUAAAGUCAACGAAAGAGAUAGAGAAAAACUCGAAAGAAACGGAGGACAUGUGUGUGUUAAAAUUCCAUCUACAAAAUCUGUGUAACGCGCGAUAUUUAAAUUAUGUUAAGUUGAUUCUCUUCUCUCCUACAUCACAUCUUGUCUCUAUCGUCUACUACCGGCCAAAAAUGAAACGGAACACCAUUAAUUUAUAUCGAUCGAAAAGUUUGUUCAUUUAUUUAUAUUAGCAUAAGAGCCAUGUAAGAGAAACAAAACAGCGAACAAAUUUUUUGAUCAAUUCUACAUGUUGUAGAGCAGAACUGAGACUCGGUUGUAAUUUUCGGCUGACUUUCUGUGCGCGACAAAAGCGCGCGACGCUAUUUCAAUAAGAUAAUUGUUUCAACAAGAUAAUUGACAGCUGCGAUGCACGUGAAAGAAAUGGACAGGAGAUUUAGCAGUCUCGUUAACGUCGCAUAAUUUUCUAGUGCCGAUUGCAAGAAACGGAAGAAUGCAAAAUAAAUGAAUCGCCAACUCGCGUUGGUGAAUUAUUUAUUCUUAAUAAAAUUUUACAAGUAGUGUUUAUUUAGGCAUUUCAGAGCCUGUUUGCAGAGUUUGGCGUUGACUUAAGAUUUGAUUGUCUUUUAUUAUUUUAGUAUAUUUCAGUUUACUUAAAUUUAACAUUUUUUAGCAUUGAUUUUUAUUGAGGCUGGUUAUCGCCUGCGAUACUUUUAUGUUUUUAUU